AUGAAGAUCACGGCGCUCCUAGUCAUGAAACCGGCGGGCUCCGGAGAAGCUUCAUCAUCGGGGCAGUCAGAUUCGCUCGUCCUCGCGAACGCCACCGACGUCGGCCACUUUGGAUAUUUCCAGCGGACUGCUGCCAGGGAGUUUAUCCUGUUCGUCGCGCGCACUGUGGCAAAGAGGACUCCCCCGGGUCAGCGGCAGUCUGUCCAGCAUGAAGGUUUGCUCCGGAUCUCCUUUUAGCGUUUGAUUCGAUGCGCGUCCCUAAUAUCUUCCACCCAAUGAUUAGGCUUUUGGUGCCUGCAGAUCUAAUCUCUUCAUGUUUUAUAUUACCUAGAUCUUGAUUUUUAUACAAUCCUUCUAAAUUAUAGACCGUCGACAAUGGUUCGCAACCUUUCCUCUGAAGUUUAUUCAUCUUCAAACAAUUUUGCGUCGGCGGGUGGAUGGCCCCCGUCCCGUUUCUGUUCGCCACUACAUCAUCUCUUGAUUUUAUCUAGGAAAUGAUGGAAAAAUUCCCAAUUAGUGAUCAUUUUACCGAGUUCAUGCUUAUGGUGCAGCGGUUUGUCUGGAACUGGACCAUUAGAACGUUUGGAGGACGUAUCGCUCAUUUGCUAUCACGUCUUACGAUCAAUUUUGUUGAGCUGAGCUCCUAUGUAGCAUUUCUCUAAUAUUUGGAGGAUCAUUCAAUGUGAAAUUUCUUUGUGAUACGCCUGCAGAGGAAAUUUCAUAGCCGAGGAACAUAAUUUGCAAAUUUUAUACAUCUUGCUGAGUGUUUUUUUUCAAUGGGAAUGAGAUAUUUAUUGGGUCUUUUACCAUUUUUAAGUGGGGCAUUCACGUUUCUCUGAGGCAGGAACAUUUGAAAACUAUAUUUUUGCUUUUUUCCUUUGCAGAAUACAAGGUUCAUUGUUACAAUAGGAAUGGCCUCUGUGCGUUGGCCUUCAUGGACGAUCACUAUCCUGUGCGGAGUGCAUUCUCCCUCCUCAACAAGGUUCGAUUCUUUUCCAUUUUCAUAUUGAGAGAAUGAUCGAAUGACCUCUGUAGCAUUGACCGAGCACUUCAUUUAUAGCAAUUAUGAGUUCCCUGGUUGACUAGUCUGCCAACUUCUUGCCUCCGAAAAGAUGCAAAGAGAAAGUUUUAGAUCGGAUUGAUGCAUUGUAAUUCAUUAGCUAGUAGCGAUUCUGUUUGCAUUGAGAUUCUUAAGUUGACUUUUCUAUCCAUCAUUUUUGCUUAUGGACAAGACUUGGCAAAGGUCAAGCGAGCAGAUAAUUGUAUGAUUCUAUGUGAGAUUGUUCAACGGAUAGCAUUCUUUGUUUGCUUGUGUCUGGGGAGAAGAGUGAUCAAGUCUGCUAUUUUGAGAAAAACGGGCAUCUCUACCAUUUUAGGAACCUUGGGAUCAUUGAUGUACCUAAAAUAUCUUUGAAGCCAUUGAUCGUGUUCUAGGCAUGUGGGAGAAACUUUCCCUGUAGUGGGUACAUAAUACGCAUAUGUUUUGAUGGGAGAUGAUGUAUCAGAUGUACUUAAUUAUGAUCACAAUGAUGCGUUUUUGUUGCAUUAUUCGUUCCAUAAUCUAAUGAAAAUGCAGGUAUUUGACGUGUGAUAUUUAUUUUUAUUCAAUUGAAAAAGGUGAAAUUCAUUAGUCAUGGGAUUAUUGGCCGCUCAGGUGUAACUGGAGUUGACUGUUUCUUGAGAGAAAAUACUUGACGAGUUAUUGCUUCUUUAACAGCAUCCUGUUGGGAAUCCUUUGUUAUUAGAUAGAUAAUCUCAUCUCCAUUUACUUGUGAUUUUUUUUUUUCCUUUGAAAAUUUGCAUUUUAAAAAAUUCAUUUUUUUAUAAAAAAAAGGUUAAGAAUCUCUCGACCACUAUGUUUCUUAACGGAUAUGUUGAUCUAGCCGCCUUUUGUUCUCUUUUUUCUCUGCCUGCGUCAGAAACGCUCACAAAUGGCUAAACAUUCUGCAGGUACUUGAUGAGUACCAGAGGAGCUUUGGUGAGUCCUGGAGAACAGCACGGGCUGAUGUCACUCAGCCCUGGCCCUACUUGAACGAUGCUCUCACCAAGUUUCAGGUAUCUCUUGUUCUUCUAGUCUCUGGUCUGUGUGUGUGUGUUUUCAUAUAUUGGAAAAGGAUCACCGUUGUGCAUGCCUCCUUACGUUUCAUCAAGAAAGUUAAAACCAUAGACUAGAUGAGUGGAUCAUGAAGUUUAUACUCAGCAUUUUGCCGGAGCUUAGGAGAAAUAUUACCCGGAGGAUAUAUAUAUAUAUAUAUAUAGAGAGAGAGAGAGAGAGAGAGAGAGAGAGAGAGAGAGGUGCUGAGCUUUGCUACCGUUAAAGGUAGGUGACACCCACAGUGGAUGCUGUAGCAAUGAUCUAAUUAUUCUAGAAUGAUAAACCAUUAUUGUUAAGAGUUUAUAGUUGGAUGCAUUUAUGUUUCAUAAAAAUGAAGCUUUGAAAUCUGGGCCUUUUUUUUUUUCCCCAUUUGAAUUCUUUGCGAAGGAUUUUGUUCUGGGUCACCGUCUAUUUUUGUCCAGGACCCUGCGGAGGCCGACAAGCUGCUCAAAAUACAGAGGGAUUUGGACCAAACAAAAAUCAUCCUUGUGAGUGAUUUCGUAAUCCAUCCUUGACCUAUCACGUCGGGGAGUCAACUUCUUUAUUAAAUAGAACUUGGUAUUUAGUCAAACUCCCGAAUUCUUUCAGUAAUCUAGAGGCCCAAGAGGACCCUAGGAACGCAAAUUAUUUCCUUAAUUUUCUUUCAUACACGAAAAAGAAAAAAAGUCAAAAGACGUAGAUUACUACUCAUCAAAGAAAUAGUUCCAGCCUGUAAAUGAUAUGCUGCUGACGAGGGACGACUCUUUCCCUGUGUUGCAGCACAAGACCAUUGACAGUGUUCUUGCUCGAGGAGAAAAGCUGGAUAGCCUGGUCGAGAAGAGCUCGGAUCUGAGCGCUGCAUCUCAGGUAACAGGAACAGAUCUCAGUCAGCCUUCUUCAAUCAGGGUUUGAUGAUUUCAUGCAAAAUUUAUUUUUAUAAAUUUUGGGUUUUUUUUCCUUUCUAUAAACGGGUAAAUAUUCCCUCAGUCAUCCAUGUGGUUUCUAUUUAUCUUCCGUAUUUGACCCUAGUUUGGUUCUUGGCUAGCAGAUGUUCUACAAGCAGGCCAAGAAGACCAAUCAGUGCUGCGCCAUUCUGUAG